CCAGUUAAGAGCCUUAUGACAUUGGAGACAGUGGCAAACUUGAGUAUGGUUUACUAUAUGUUUUUGGUUGGCCUAGAGACAGACUUUACCUUAAUACUACGUGCAGGGAAGAAGGCCUAUAGUGUUGUCCUAGCCGGUUUUGCCGUUGCAAUGCCUGUUGGUUAUGGCUUAUUUUAUAAACUUCAACCUAAGGCAUCCAACCAUGGUGGUGCAAUCUUCUGGGCUGUUGCUCUAGCCUGCACCAAUUUCCCGGACCUUGCUCGAAUCCUCGCAGAUGUCAAGCUGCUACGCUCAGAGUUUGGCCGGACGGCCUUAACCUCAGCUCUUAUCAGUGACUUAUGCUGUUGGGUUUUCCUGGUAGUGGCAAUGGCAUUGCUUCAUCAGGGAAAGUACUUGGCACUGGGUUCAACUAUUGCCUUCAUAAUUUUCUGUGUGUUUGCAUUGCGUCCAGCUCUCAAAUGGAUAAUUCGCCACACAGCAAAAGAAGACAACUACAAUGACUUCCAUGUAUGUUUUGUUUUGACUGGGGUCAUAGUGUGUGGAUUCAUUGCUGAUGCUUGUGGUGCUCAUUCCAUUGCUGGGGCUUUCAUGUUGGGAGUUAUUAUGCCAAAAGGGGACCUUACAGAUACAGUUAUGGAGAAGGUUGAAGAUUUUGUGUCAGGGAUUUUGAUGCCUGUUUUCUUCUUAAUGGUUGGGCUCAGAGUCAGAAUUGGAAAAAUUACCUAUGGCACUAAUUCGGCAAACGCUUUUUUAGUUAUUGUCCUAACUUUUAUACCCAAGAUUUUCAGCACUUACUGCAUAUCUUUUCUGUACGGCAUGCCAGCACUGGAUGGUCUGUCUCUUGGACUACUAAUGAACACCAAAGGCUUGUUGUCCCUUAUUAUUCUUUGCACCGGACGGGACUUAAAGGCUUUGGACAACCAAACCUUUUCAGUUUUGGUGCUUGCAUUCUGGCUUAUGACACUUGUGGUUGGGCCUAUCCUUGCAUUCACUUACAAGCGCUCAAGGCGUACCAGGCACUACAAGCGCAGGACCAUACAAAGCACAAACCCAGACACUGACUUUCGAAUACUUGUAUGUAUUCAUUCCAUGCGCAAUGUUUCUGGCAUGAUUAACCUCCUCCAGAAUUCUAAUCCCACUCAACUAUCCCCCAUUAACGUCUUUGCUGUCCACCUAGUCGAGCUCACAGGACGCUCUUCCGCCAUGCUAAUUGUGCAUGACACCUACAGCUCUACAAACAAAGGACGCUCUAGAUCAAACUCUGAUGGCAUUGCAAGUGCCUUUGAAAGCUUGGAGAGCCACAGCAAUAAUGUUUCUGUCCAGCCCUUAACAGCGGUGUCUGCUUAUGACUCAAUGCACGAGGAUAUUUGUAGCUUAGCUGAGGACAAGCGUGUGACACUCAUAAUCAUUCCCUUUCACAAACAACUAAGCAUGGAUGGUGGAUUGGAGGAUUCUAACCCCCCUCUUAGAGGAGUUAACCAAAAUGUGUUCGCAAAUGCACCUUGUUCUGUAGCUAUCUUUGUGGAUCGAGGACUUAAUGCGUCCAUGCGCAGAGAGUCCAACCAUGCUGGUCAUGGACAACGCUUCGCCAUGCUCUUCAUUGGCGGCCCCGAUGAUCGGGAGGCAUUGGCUUAUGCGUGGAGGAUGUCGGGGCAUUCCAGUGUCAGCUUAACGGUGGUGCGAUUUGUUUCAGGUUGGUAAAAUACUAUACAUAGAAUAGAACUUAAUAUCAUUCCACACACAAAAAAUAUACAGAUUUUAUUGAGAUGUAAUAACAUUGAAAAGCAGCUAGACGAUGACUAUCUAGAAAAGUUCAGGCAAGACACCAAGUGCAACCCAUCAGUUACAUACAUGGAGAAAUUGACGAAUAAUGGGGAAGAAACUCUGAAAACAAUAAGCACAAUGGAGCAUCAUGAGUAUGAUCUAUACAUAGUAGGAAGAGGGGAAGGAAUGGAGUCACCAUUGACAUCUGGGUUAACGGAGUGGAGUGACUGUCCAGAACUUGGAGCUUUGGGGGAUUCAUUGGUGUCUGCAAGCUUCACAUCAAAUGUAUCAGUUCUGAUAGUGCAACAACACGGUGAAGGAAGUAGUGGAGGAGGAGAGGAACUGGGUCAAGUUGGGGUUGAAGAAGAACACACUGGACGUCUAAAAGAGCAAUUUGGGCACAUGACAUGGCAGCCUCCUCCGAGAGAUAAUGCUGAUAAAGAACCUUUUGUACCUCGUGCAGCUCAAUAUAAUGAAGACGAGUAUUGA